AUGCGAACGCGCUCGCCGAUACCAUCUCCGUCUCCUCCGCCGCGCCGCGCACGCUCCGACAUCGUCAUCCGCCAUCCGGGCUGUAUUUCCGCCAACAUCCUGCUCACCUUCUGCGCGACCGACGACGUGGAGGAUGCCAUCCCCGACACUGUGGCCAGCGGUAAUCGCAGUGUUGAAAGAGGCGUCGCAUGGGAUGUGGUAUACUGGGCAUGCGCCAUCGUUACAGGGAAUCGCUUUGACUGCUACCUCACCAGAACGAGCGAUCCUGCCGCCGAGCGUGUCUGGCGCCCGUCGUCCGGCGUGUUGCCCAGCGGAGACUACUGGCUUCAGGUGCCUCGUGGAAAUGCGACAGCCUCGCUUCAGCAACUGCCGUACGCAAUCGUGCCAAACUUUCGAAGCUGGACAUUCCCGAUGGCCCACAACUUUGAACGCCUGCUGCGUACAACUUGGUCAGACAGCAUCGACGAUCCUGGACUCACCCAUGAAAGUGCCAAUCCUCUCCGAAUGGCUGUACGAUCUCGCGACCAGAAGUGCCUCGUCACUGCAUCGAACUUGCCGCUAGAAGUGGCGCACCUCAUACCUACGGCUGAGGAGAGCUGGUGGCAGCGUCAUCAGUUCUCGCCAGGUCUGGACAGCGACGUCAACUGUAUUCUGCUUCGUCAGGACGUACAUACCAAUUUCGACGCGACUCGCUUCAGCAUAGUCCCGAAACCGCUCCAUUCGCCUUCCACCAAAUGCGCUCCUACGAUACACGUCUGGAGUGACGGAGAUCCCAAGUACCACCAGACAUGGCACAAUCUUCGUCUUCGACAAGUCCGCGGGAUCGACCCCAUGCGCCUCUUCGCCCGCUUCGCUUUCGACGUCUUCCCCAUGUUGCGACCUUUCCUUCAGGCUGGCCAAGUCCGACGUCUCCUGGUGCUCGACGAAUUCAACUUUCCGCAGGCGAAGAGCUGCAACGGUGAACAAUGCAAGGAAUACUACGAGCAGCGCGUCAGGGGCAAAUCUGGCAGCCCAACCAAGAGAGCCAGGCCCUCAGCAUCCGUCGACAGGCAAGAUGCGCACGGCAGCAUGCCGCGCAGCUUCGACUCUGGUAUUGGCUGGCGUUGGGAGGAAGAAAGUGAAGGAGAGCUUGAGGAUAGGAAUGAAACUGAAGUGAUACCGAGAGGCGAAGAUUGGCGGUACACAACCGACGAUAUUGCAGCAGAGCAUGAGCUCUGGCAGCUCGAGCACCGGGGAAAGCGGAAGCGGCACAGGCAAGAGGAGUGGGAGGAGGACGAGGAAAAUGAUGCGGCUGCAGAGCAAGAAGAAACCUCUCGCGGUCGAUCGAGAAAGAGCAAGAAGCUGAACAACUAUGUCCCGGAAACGCAUGUUGCCUGGGCGCCUGCAGGAGGAUGA